CGCCCUAUAUCCUGUGUCACCGCAUGUUGGUGACACAGGAAAGUAGUUCCGGCUGGCGGGGGGCAAUAAAAAGCGGUGGCUGCAGCAGAACCAGCGGAGCUUUGGUCCCUGCGAAGUUCACACAGUAGGUCUUUUCCUGCAGAUACAGAACCAGUCAUGUUGAAGUCAAAGGAUACAGGAUCGUCCAUCAUCCACACCCAGCAGCUACAUGCUGCCAUGGCGGAUACCUUCCUAGAGCACAUGUGUCUGCUCGACAUCGACUCUGAACCUGCCGUGUCUCGCAACACUGGCAUCAUCUGCACAAUCGGACCUGCCACCCGAUCUGUGGAAAAGUCCAAGGAAAUGAUCAAAUGUGGGAUGAACAUCGCAAGAAUGAACUUCUCUCAUGGCACACACGAGUACCACGCUGAGACCAUCAAGAAUGUCCGCGAGGCAGCCGAGAGCUUCGUUGCAGGAUCUGUUGAUUACAGACCACUGGCCGUCGCUCUGGACACCAAGGGACCCGAAAUCAGGACCGGACUUAUCAAGGGAAGUGGCACCGCUGAGGUCGAGCUGAAGAAGGGUCACACCAUCAAGCUCACCCUCGACAAACAGUACAUUGAAAACUGCGAUGAGAAAUUUCUGUGGCUCGACUACAAGAACAUCACCAAGGUUGUGCAGGCUGGAAGCCACAUCUACAUUGACGAUGGUCUGAUUUCCCUGAAGGUCAAAGAAAUCGGCAGCGACCACCUCGUGUGUGAGAUUGAGAAUGGCGGUAUGCUGGGCAGCAAGAAGGGCGUCAACCUGCCCGGAGCUGCUGUCGAUCUCCCCGCUGUGUCUGAGAAGGACAUUCAGGAUCUGCAGUUCGGCGUGGAGCAGGGUGUUGACAUGGUCUUCGCCUCCUUCAUCCGUAAGGCUGCUGACGUUCAUGCUGUCAGGAAAGUGCUGGGCGAGAAGGGCAAGCACAUCAAGAUCAUCAGCAAGCUGGAGAACCACGAGGGCGUGCGCAGAUUUGAUGAGAUCCUGGAGGCCAGCGAUGGCAUCAUGGUUGCCCGCGGAGACUUGGGAAUUGAAAUCCCAACAGAGAAGGUCUUCAUCGCCCAGAAGAUGAUGACUGGCAAGUGCAACAGGAUCGGCAAGCCAAUCGUCUGUGCCACACAGAUGCUGGAGAGCAUGACCAAGAAACCACGCCCCACUCGCGCUGAGGCCAGUGAUGUCGCCAACGCCGUCCUGGAUGGCAAUGACUGCAUCAUGCUGAGCGGUGAGACCGCCAAGGGAGACUACCCCCUGGAGGCCGUGCAUACACAGCACAUGAUUGCCCGUGAAGCCGAGGCCGCCAUGUACCACAGACAGAUGUUCGAGGAGCUGCGUCGCACCUCUCAUCUGACCCGUGACCCCACAGAGUCCGUUGCCAUCGGCGCUGUUGAGGCUUCAUUCAAGUGCUGCGCCAGUGCCAUCAUUGUGCUCACCAAGUCUGGCAGGUCGGCUCACAUGCUGUCAAGGUACAGGCCCCGUGCCCCCAUCAUCGCCGUGACCCGCUGUGGCCAGACGGCCCGCCAGGCUCACCUGUACCGCGGCAUCUACCCUGUGCUCUACACCAAGCCCGCCAACGACGUCUGGGCUGAGGACGUUGACCUGCGUGUGAACUUUGCCCUGGAAGUUGGCAAACACCGCAAAUUCUUCAAGUCUGGUGAUGUGGCCAUUGUCGUGACCGGCUGGCGCCCAGGCUCUGGUUACACCAACACCAUGAGAGUUGUGCUGGUGCCUUAAGCUUCACCCAAGGACAUUAGUAACCGCUCCCGCUCCCCCUCCCCUCUCCUGUAAAUGGUCACCCACCCCCAUGUUGGAUUUUUCUUGUCUGUCGGUCUCCGUUACCUGUAGAAAGUUAAAACCAGGGCCGCUCCUUCGAAGGACUUUCGAUGGUGUCGUUUAAAGAUUGUAACUCCAUGAUUCCUGUCACAUGUGUAGUUCAUUGUCUCAAUCCUGCUGCUGAGUCUGAACUAGAUUUGUUGUGUUUCACCACUUUUAAUCCCAGAGAGGCUUUCAAGUCCUGAUUUUAUUCUUAGGUAAAAUAUGCAACUUUUCAACCACCUCACUAAAAAAAAUCUAUACAAAUUAAGACAAUCAGAAUAAUAUGAUAACACAGCUUUCAAGCAAGCUCCGGCAAAUCCGGUAAAACUGUUAUUAUAGGACAGGGAACAUCAGGUCUGUCCACUAUUUAUCCCUUGUAUGAAUAAUAUUACAAGUAUGCGUCUGUUUUGAACCUGGAAGUAUAAAAUAAAGAUUUUAAUCAAA